UCAGCCGCUCACUCCCCGUCUGCACAUUCCUCGCCCGGACAUCGCGCUCCCUCCUUUCCCCCCCGUUCCGCUCUCUUUCCUCCGCGGUGCUCCCUCCCUUCCCUCCUCCCCCAGCGCUCCCUCCUUCCCUCCCCGGCUCCCUUCCUUCCCGCACGCAGUUGCGCCUGUCACCUGCGGGACUCGCGGCUGAGGUUCGCUCGGCGUCGGGACAGGUGCCUGCGACUGGGGAAGUGACCAUGGAGGAGGAAGUGGAGCGGAUGUUUGAGGAGCGUACGCUGCCCCAUCUGGUGCAGAGCCUGGGCGCACUGCUGAAAGUGGUGCGGACUGCACUCAGCAGCCCUCCUGGCGGCCAGGAGCUGGAUGUGGAUGGGAUCCAGCAGCAGGUGGAGUUGGCCAGCAAGGGGGCCAAGCUGGCAGUCGGCCACGCACAGGAGGCGUCCGAGCAGAUGGAUCAGGUGUGUGAGAAGGCAACGGCGCAGUACGGUCAGCUGAGCACCCAGCGCCGGGAAAAGAGCGCGGCCCUACAGGAGCUCCAGACCAAGGUGCGGCAGAUGGAGAGUGAGAAGGAGCUGGCUGCCGGCCGGCUGCAGGCUGCCACCGUCUCCCUGCGCCAGGCCGAGGACGCACUGCGUUCAGCUCGCGCCAAGGCCGGAGAGAAGCAGACUGGGCGAGACGUCGGCAUUGGGCUCAGCUUCCUGCUGCCCUGUGUGGGGAUCCCGAUGGCUGUGGCCUUUGAGAAGGAGCGCCAGUUGAGCAAGUCGCAGGUGGAGGUGGCAUCGGACGACAGCUCCCAGCUCCGCUCCAGCGUCUCCAAGGACGAGCAGCUGCUCGAGCGGCUGGGUGGGGAGCUGCCUGAGCUGCAGGCCCAGGCCCAGCAGCUCGAGAUGGAGCUCAGCGAGAUUGCGGGGGCUGAGCAGGAACUGAAGGAGCGGCGGGGGCAGCUGUCUGAGGCCCAGGCCCGCCUGCGUGCCUCCUUCCACCAGCUGGGUGGUCUGCAGGGGAAGGUUGGCGCACUGAGCCUGCAGUGCCAGAACCUCUACAGCCUGAGGCCUUUGUUGCCGCCACUCGAGGAGGCCAUUCUCCAGAGCCUGAUGCUGCCCAACCAGCCCCCCUUCACCCAAGCCUCCCUGCAGAGGCUGAUGGGAGACCUGAAGACCCUUCAGCCCCGGCUCAAGACCCUGCAUCUAUCACAGGACAAUGAUGAAUACCUGAAGUGAACCCACCUCAGGGUGGCCCAGGUCAGGCCUGGCUCACAGGAUCCUGGAGGAGGGUAGCACAUGAGGGUUCAGGACAGUGGGGUCUGAGAUUCCAUGGGUAGGGCAGUACCCAGGAUGCUGGAGCCCAGGGAUGGGCAGGAGAGCAGCCAAAUGCCUAACUCCCACUGCCAACCAGCACAUGCUAACCCUGGGCAGAAUGCCUCACAGGUUGGGGGACACUGACACCUCCACCUGGCUGCAUCCUUGGAUAGUGACACUCAACUUGUGUCUCUGGCCCGCGGGCUGUGCCUCUGACCCCCAACCUAUGCCCCUGACCCAUGGAUCUCAACUCCUGGAUCACACAUAUUUCUGAACCUCCUGCAUCUCUGUGACCGAGCUUACAAAUAAAAUAUUGUUC